CCGCAAUAUGAGAGCGCAAUGGGUGGUCGUAUAAGUUUUAAAUAACAUAUUUAGUGCUUAUUAUAUUUUAGUUUGUGACUAAACUAAAUAACAACAAUGAGACACAAGUAGAAUAAUAAAAGUGGAGUUUUAAUAGUCUGUGAUACGAGUACGCGACUCGGUCUUGCGCUUUCUAAUUUUCCAUUCUUUAUUUGAAAUCGCGAAGUGUUGUACGAGAAAAUUUUCAAUUAAAAUUAGAUUUAUAACAUAAAAUUGUAUUGAAAAUCACAAUGGAUAUGUCAGAAGAUAGGAGUAAUGGAAUGGAAGCGAGGAAGGAACCAUUCUGGGUGUUUGGUUAUGGUUCCCUUUGCUGGAACCCAGGGUUUCAAUACCAGCAAUCAAUCACUGGUUACGUUAAAGGAUUCUCAAGAAGAUUUUGGCAAGGCAACACAACUCACCGAGGGACCGAAUCGAAGCCUGGCCGAGUCGCGACGCUCAUCGAGGAUAAGGAAGGCAUCACCUGGGGCAAAGCAUUCCUGAUAUCAGCGGACGACAACGCAGCCUUACCUUACCUGUCCACCAGGGAAUGCAAGCUCGGUGGCUAUAGAACCCACACAGUCAACUUCCACCCUCGCCCCAACCUAUUCGGAUCAUCAUCAUCCUCCCUUAGUAUCACAGAUAAGAAGAACGCUCUUUUAUACAUCGCAGUGCCCGAAAACAAGCAUUGGUUAGGCGCAGCCCCCUUACCUGACAUAGCAAAACAAAUUCUAGAAUGCCAUGGACAAUCCGGUCCAAACGCAGAAUACCUUUUAAGGCUAGCAGACUUCAUGAGGGAAGAAAUCCCCGAAGCGUUAGACGAACACCUCUUUUCCUUAGAAAGGUUGGUCAGAAAGUUCGCUUCUGACAUGAAGAUCUGUUUGAGAACGCUGAUGGGAGAGGAACCUCAGGAGGAGAAGCAAGAAGUGAAAGCUGUCGUGCCCAGCUACCAGUUCGCGUCCAGAAUUCCAGAGAAGAAAUUACGUUGUGUCAAUAUGUGAUAUGAAUUUAGGUCGCCAUGGACAAUUUGGAUAAUUGUAACUUUGUAGAGAAGGAAGAUUGUCGUUGUUGUGAAGUUGACUGAGGUAAAUAGUUGCGAUAUGACCAUUAUUUUGUAAUGUAUUGACAUUUUUUGACGUAAUUUCGUAUUAAAUCGGCCUAACUGCGCUAUGUAUGAUAAUACUCUUAAGUGAAAUUUUGCUAUGAAUAUUUUAGAACAGCUGCAAGAAAUUAGUUUAAAUGCUUGACUUUUUAACGCUUUUGACAUAAAUCGCCGUCACUAGUUGUCUUGAUGUAGCCAAAUCGGGUACUAGGUAGUAAUGAAAUUGACAUUUUACAUGUGAUAAAUGAAUUGUUUUUGUAAAACUAAUAUAAUAGUUUAUUUUGUUACAUUAAUAUGGUUAAAAACCAUUUAAAAUUCGU